AUGGCAAAGAAAGCUAGGAUAUUAUUGCUGCAGGGGGUAAUCUUGUUAAUGUUAAUUUUGGUGCAAAAAGGUGAUUGCAUAUGGUUAAAUUUACCUAAAUCCGGAAAGAAAUGUGUUACGGAAGAGAUCCAUAACAAUGUCGUCGUUUUGGCUGAUUACGUCGUUAUCUCUGAUGUUCAUAUUCAUCCAACUCCUUCCAUCACCACCAAGGUUACAUCACCUUAUGGAAACAUCCUUCACCAUAAGGAGAAUGCAACUCACGGUCAAUUUGCAUUCACUACAACUGAGGCCGGGCAGUAUCUCGUGUGUUUCUGGGCAGAUGACCCUAAUCAAGGUGGAGCUUUAAGUGUUAACAUCGACUGGAAAACCGGAAUUGCAGCAAAAGAUUGGGAGUCGGUUGCAAGAAAAGAAAAAAUUGAGGGUGUUGAGCUUGAGUUAAGAAAGCUUGAAGCACAUGUGGAGGCUAUUCACGAUAAUCUUCUCUACCUCAAGAACAGAGAGGCGGAGAUAAGACAAGUGAGUGAAACUACAAAUUCCAGAGUUGCCUGGUACAGUUUAUUGUCAUUAGGUAUUUGCAUUAUGGUUUCUGGUGCACAGCUGUGGUACUUGACGCGGUUCUUCCAAAAGAAGAAACUGAUCUAGAUUUCACACUUGGUAAUGUUACGAGAAUAGAAUUAAGUUGUAGAGGUAUUGUUUCCA